AAGUUGGGGUUCAAAAAAGUGCCAAAACAAAAGUGCAAAAUCUAAAUACAAUAAGUAUCUUAAGGAUAUAAGGAGGAAGUCCUUAAAAAUAAAUAAGCCAAGUCCAAAACACCAAAAAUUGUUCACGAAACCAAUAGUUACUGUACCAAGAGCCAAACCUACAGAAUAUGUGCGAAUCGAGUGAAAGUGCCCAAGAAGAGUUGUGAAAAUAAAAAAAUAAAAAAAAACAACAAAGUCCUAUUGGUGCAGCAAGAUCGCCGAGACCUCCAGCCAUGAGCUCCUUCCUCAUGGGCUACCCCCACGCCCCGCAUCACGUCCAGAGCCCCAUGUCCAUGGGCAAUGGCCUGGAUCCGAAGUUUCCGCCGGUGGCUGACGACUACCACCACUACAAUGGCCACUACUCGAUGACCGCGUCCACCGGCCACAUGAGCGGUGCCGUCGGCAGCGGAGCGGUCACAGGUGGCGGUGCGGUUGGUGGCGGCGGGGCAGCCGGCAUGUCGGGACAUCCGCAUGCCAUGCAUCCGGCGGAUAUGGUCAGCGACUACAUGGCUCACCACCACAAUCCGCACGGCCACUCCCAUUCUCAUGCCCACUCGCUGCCGCAUCACCACAGCAAUAGCGCUCUUUCCGGGCACCACCAGCCAUCCGCCGGAGGUUACACUUCCAACUACGCAGCCGCCACUCCGCCCUCGCAUCCGCACUCCCACACGCAUCCACACGGCCACCCGCACCAGAGCCUUGGCUACUAUGUCCACCAUGCCCCCGAGUUCAUAUCCGCCGGUGCGGUGCAUUCCGAUCCCUCGAACGGUUACGGUCCGGCCGUAAACGUCCCGAACAGCAGUAGUGGUAGUGGUGGCGGUGGCGGUGCGAUAGGUGGCUCGGGAAAUGGCUACUAUGGCAGCUAUGGUGGUGGCUACGGAGCGGCGAACGGCAGCGUGGGCAGCACUCACUCCCAAGGACACUCGCCCCACUCCCAGAUGAUGGACCUGCCCCUGCAAUGCUCCUCCACGGAACCGCCCACGAACACGGCUCUGGGGCUGCAAGAAUUAGGCUUAAAACUGGAGAAACGCAUUGAAGAAGCUGUACCUGCCGGCCAACAACUGCAAGAGCUGGGAAUGCGAUUGCGCUGUGAUGAUAUGGGAUCCGAAAAUGACGACAUGUCGGAGGAGGAUCGCCUCAUGUUGGAUCGAUCCCCAGACGAGCUGGGCUCCAACGACAACGACGAUGAUCUCGGGGACUCAGACAGCGACGACGAUCUGAUGGCGGAGACGACUGACGGCGAACGAAUCAUCUACCCUUGGAUGAAGAAGAUCCAUGUGGCGGGAGUGGCAAACGGGUCUUAUCAACCUGGAAUGGAACCGAAACGCCAACGCACCGCCUACACACGCCACCAGAUCCUGGAGCUGGAGAAGGAGUUCCACUACAACCGCUACCUGACGCGUCGGAGGCGCAUCGAGAUCGCCCAUACGCUGGUGCUGUCGGAGCGGCAGAUCAAGAUCUGGUUCCAGAACCGUCGCAUGAAGUGGAAGAAGGACAACAAGCUGCCGAACACCAAGAACGUUCGCAAGAAGACGGUGGAUGCCAACGGCAACCCAACACCAGUAGCCAAGAAGGCCACCAAGCGGGCCGCAUCCAAGAAGCAAUCGCAACAACAACAACAACAACAACAACAACAGCAACAGCCGCAGCAGCAGCAACAGACUCCGGUGAUGAAUGAGUGCAUCCGCUCGGAUAGCUUGGAGAGCAUUGGCGAUGUCAGCUCGUCGCUGGGAAAUCCUCCUUACAUACCGGCGGCCCCUGAAACGGGUAACGCCUAUGCGGGAUCUCAGCAACAUCUUAGCAAUAACAAUAACAACAACGGCGGCAAUAAUAAUAAUAACAACAACAAUAACCUCAACAACAACAAUCAAAUGGGUCACACGAACCUCCAUGGCCACCACCAGCAACAAUCCGAUCUCAUGACCAAUCUGCAAUUACACAUCAAACAGGACUACGACCUGACGGCCCUGUAGGAUCCUGCCGGAGAAGCCGGAGAAUCCUUAAGAGAUCUUCAGAAUUGUAAAUUGAAAACCAUGCUUUCUUUGUAGAUUUUUUUUUUCGUUACCAAUCCCCCGCCUUGUACUUGGACAAGGUUAAGGACAAAUCGGAGUAUACAGUGAAUGUAGUUAGUUAGUCUAGUUAAGGAUCGACCAUUAGUUAAAGGAACCCUCAUGGCAUAGUGCUGUAAUGCCCCUCACCAAUAUUACAGGGGCAUUAUAAAAGCUAUAUGUAUAUGAGUUGUACUUAAGCUCCGUAAGAUUCAGGUAUAAGAGUUUUGUAAAAAUCCUAUAAAAAGAUUCGUCAUAGCUAUUAAGUGGCAUACAUACAUACCGUUUCUAUAUGUAGUAUAGAAGUGCUUAUUUGUAUAACUAACUUUAAAAAAUGAAUAUUAUUACUGAGUGUAGUUGGCAUUUGUUGUGCGUCCUUAGGUGUAUGUAAGUUCGUACGUAUAUUUUAUGAAUAAAACAAAAAUAAGACAUGCGUAUUUAAAAAUAGAGAGAAUACUAUGUACA